GACAAACUUCGGUUCUGGUUCCAGCCCUAAAUUUUGUGCAAUUAUUUAUUAAAAAUAAGCAACGACGUGAGCGAACGACACGACCCACGAACGAAGGCAACGAAAUGGCAACGCGCGGCGGACCAAUAGUCGCGGGCACCGAUGGCACCGACUUCGAGUUCAGGCAGCGCGUAGCUGGCACAUAUCAAAUUAGCCUGCUAAACAAGUCCAGGUUGAAGUACUGCAUAUUCUUUCACGCCCUGCUCUUCUUCGUGAUGCUGGCCAAGCUAACGUCGGACAUCCUUGACCGCCUAGAUAUCUUUGUGCUCGAGAUCGAGGAGCUGGAGGUCCCACCGCCCCUGUGGUGGGAGUACGUGUGGGCCGCGUCGUUGCUCACAUCCUUCCUGGGGCUUUCGGCCGCAAGGGCCAACAAGGUGCGCGAAAUGCAAAAGUAUAUGAUUGCCAUCCUGCUAUUCGCCAUCCUGCCGCUCUUCUACUGCUUCGCCUACUACUUCUCUGACGUGUGGGAGUUCGCCACGCUGGACAAGUCGGUAGAGCUGGACGAGACUGACAUCUUUGUGUGGCGCGGCUAUCCGUACGGUGUGUUCUGGUACGCCUUUUGCUUUGUGGGCUUCCAGGUGCACGGGUUUACGCUGUACUUCGCCUACAAUCUGGUCAAGGCCUGGAAGGCCAGAACUGCCACGCGCAAGUUCCAGUAAUCUAAAUACUCGCCAAACUAGUAAACGCCGGAAAGCAGGGCUAGUUGUAAAUAAUUUGGAAACUUGAAACUAACUCAAAACACUAGUGCACAAAAGCGUAAUGAAACUAUGAUAAAUCUAAAGUUAUGCAGCUGUUAAGGUAUCGCACACUUAGUUAUACAGGAAGGGUAACAUAUGGUCGAAACUAAACGAAGCGGCGGUAAAUUUAUUGUUAGUUAAAAGUUAAACCGUUCAAAUUGAUUAAAUAGACUCUUAUCCAUAUACACAUAGACAUAUAUACACACACGCAGCCUUGUGAGGUCAACUAAAGACAAGAAGCAACUGAAGCCACCAAAUUUCCCCGAGUCGGAAUAAAAACUGAAAACCAA